GUCCCGUUUUCCUGUUGUCUUCUUCACUGCUCCUGUCCGCAUUAAUUACUGACUUCGUUCCUCUCGCCGGGCUAUUCUGCAUUUCGUGCGAUCAGACCAAGAAAAGAGAAGGAAGGAAGAAGACACAAUCGAAGCCUACUGUUCGCCGUCGUUUCAUGGACACUCUCUCACAUGCGAUCAGCUCCGGCGUCGCUCUUCCGCGCAGCAGCAGCAGGUCGUCUCCUCUCCUCUGCCAUGGAUUCGGUUCUUUGAACUUCCGUACGCGGAGAACACAUACUCGGAGCAGAGUUUUCGCUGAGAUUCAACGCAACCAGAGCAUCGAUUUUAACGAUCCUGAUUGGAAGUCCAAGUUCCAGUGGAAUUUUGAGGAGCGCUUUAAUAUUCCUCACCUCACCGAUGUCUUCCCCGAUGCUUCUACAAUUCCUUCUACAUUUUGCCUCAGGAUGAGGACUCCGGUAUCGGAGCAUUUUGCCGAUGGUUAUCCUUCCGAUGAGGAAUGGCAUGGUUACAUUAAUAAUAAUGACAGAGUACUUCUGAAGGUUAUUCAUUUCUCCUCACCUACAUCUGCUGGUGCUGAGUGCAUUGAUCCUAAUUGCACAUGGGUUGAGCAAUGGGUUCAUCGUGCUGGGCCUCGGGAGAAGAUAUAUUUCAAGCCAGAAGAAGUGAAGGCGGCUAUUGUUACUUGUGGGGGACUUUGUCCUGGUCUCAAUGAUGUCAUCAGACAUAUUGUCAUAACUCUAGAAAUAUAUGGUGUAAAAAACAUUGUUGGGAUUCCUUUUGGUUAUCGUGGGUUCUCUGAUGAAGGCUUAGCUGAAAUGCCUUUGUCACGCAAAGUAGUCCAAAACAUCCAUCUUUCAGGUGGAAGCUUGUUAGGAGUUUCACGUGGUGGACCUCCUGUUAGCAAAAUUGUGGAUAGUUUGAAGGAAAGAGGUAUCAACAUGCUUUUUGUACUAGGGGGGAAUGGGACGCAUGCUGGGGCCAAUGCCAUACAUGAUGAGUGCCGUGCGAGAAAGAUGAGAGUGGCUAUAGUUGGUGUGCCAAAAACCAUUGAUAAUGACAUCCUAAUGAUGGAUAAAACCUUUGGUUUUGACACUGCUGUUGAAGAAGCGCAACGAGCAAUCAAUUCUGCUUAUAUUGAGGCUCAUAGUGCAUACCAUGGCAUUGGUAUUGUGAAAUUAAUGGGUCGUAGCAGUGGUUUCAUUGCCAUGCAUGCAUCCCUCGCUAGUGGACAAGUUGAUAUAUGUUUGAUUCCGGAGGUACAUUUCAAUUUACAUGGGCCUCAUGGUGUGCUAAGGCAUCUAAAAUACCUAAUUGAGACAAAGGGGUCUGCUGUGGUCUGUGUAGCAGAGGGAGCAGGGCAGGAGUCCUUUGUCCCCUUGAAUAACAUGUUUGUCAUUUCCAGGUUUUCACAUUCCAAUUUUGAUCUUCUUCAGAAAACAAAUGCCACAGAUGCAUCUGGAAACAUAGUAUUUGGAGAUAUUGGUGUACACAUCCAACAAGAGACAAAGAAAUACUUUAGGGAGAUUGGUGUCCCAGCUGACGUAAAGUAUAUUGAUCCCACUUACAUGAUCCGUGCUGUCCGAGCAAAUGCAUCAGAUGGAAUUCUAUGCACUGUUCUUGGACAAAAUGCUGUUCAUGGAGCAUUUGCUGGAUACAGUGGUAUCACAGUAGGGAUAUGCAACACUCACUAUGCGUACUUUCCCAUUCCUGAAGUGAUUUCUCACCCCAGGGAAGUGGACCCUAACAGCCGCAUGUGGCAUCGUUGCUUGACUUCCACAGGCCAGCCUGAUUUUAUCUAAAUACAAGGUGUUAUUCUUAAUUAUGCUUAAGAAAUUUAAAUUCCCAAAUGGUUGAUUUAAGGACAGGGUAACAGCUUUAGAAUUUUCUUAGGCUGGUACUUAUAGGAAGUUAAAAUGAAAUAAUACUGAAGAUAACAACUUCAAGUUCAACUUAGGAAAUUUUUUGUAGUGUAUAGCAUUCCUAUUCCAGUUCUCACAGAGAGAAUCAAUAAUAAAGCAAAUACAAUCUAAUUCUCUAAAGCACUCGGUGGUUAUUAUCCACCCUUUUCUUGUAUUAGAUAUUUGUAUUUACGAAUCAUAUUUUGCAACACUAGUGGAAAACUACGGGAAUGCAGGCAGGCAUGAUGAGUUCAUGUUGAAUAAAAACCAGUUGUAUGUUAUAAAUACUGGGAUGUUUACUCUAUUUGCGGCUGAUCAACAGUGCAGUAGAUUGAAAGUAAAGUAAGGACAAUAUU